CGAUUACAUAAUAGUCCUGAUAAAAAGCUAAGCAUGAGACUAGUGCACGCCACAAUAUUGAUAGUUCGUGGAUUGGAUAGUGCAUAGCCAAUGCAUAGUGCAACAUUAUCAGUCAAUUGAUCAACAUUGCCCAAAACGAUGCCACGAAUACUUUCGAUACAAAGUCACGUAGUGUCUGGUUAUGUGGGCAAUAAAAGUGCAAUAUUUCCGUUGCAGUUACUAGGUUUUGAUGUAGAUGCAAUCAAUUCUGUUCAACUAUCUAAUCAUACUGGAUACAAGGUCUUCCUAGGCCAAGUAUUAGAUGAUAAAGACUUGGAGGUUCUGAUGUCCGGUUUAGCACAAAAUAAUUUGGAUAAUUACAGUCAUUUACUAACUGGAUAUGUUGGCUCUGCCCCCUUCUUGAAAAGAAUAGCGGGGGUAGUUCGUGAAUUGAAACAGAAAAAUCCUAAUCUUAUAUAUGUUUGUGAUCCUGUUAUGGGCGAUAAUGGAAAAAUGUAUGUUCCUGAAGAACUAAAAGAAAUUUAUAAAACAGAGAUAGUACCACUGGCAGAUAUCAUAGUGCCAAAUCAAUAUGAAUUAGAGUGGCUGAGUGAUGUCAAGACCAAUACUAUUCUAAAUAUACAAACUGCUAUAAAUAUAUUACAUAAAGCAGGUCCUCAAAUAGUAGCUGUUUCAUCAGUAGAAAUUGACAAUAAAUUAACAGCAAUAUGUAGCACGGUGAAGGAUAAUAAAGUAAUGCAGAUCGACAUUCCAAAAAUACCAGCUAGUUUUACGGGAUCAGGAGAUCUUUUCGCCGCGCUGUUUCUAGCACACACGCACUUGCAAGACAAUAUAAAAGAUGCUAUUGAAAAAACUGUGGGUUCUUUGCACAGCGUCUUGCUCAAGACUUACGAACAUUUUCAAGAGUGCCGCGAUCAGGACGUACAGUUUGCCAGAAAAAUCGAAUUACGUUUAAUACAAAGCAAGGACUGUAUUGAAAAUCCUGUGGUACAUCUACUUGCAAAACCACUUUAACCGACACUUAAUUGACUCUUGUUGUAAUAUUUCUUUUUGUAAAAAAAAUUAACUCGCUGUUACACAUACAAAAAAUAUAUGUACAUAUAUGCGUAAAA